AUGGUCAAUCCCCCACCCCCAUCCUACGAAGUGGCUACCCGUCGGGUUGACCGACAUUACUUGACUUGUACGCGGCCAGGAAAUGAAGAGAUCCUCAAGCCCCCCACGAAGUAUCAGGUUGGUACCUUUGCUGUGAGAGGCUGGAUUGCCAGCAAUGGUGGUACCACCGCCGCGGUCGGCCCUUGGUGGAUGGAUGGAGAAUACCGCCAAACCUGGGAGGUUGCGAAGCCAACUCCAGACCAAACCACAAAACCAACCAAAGAUCGAAGUACGAAGGAAAAGGUGAUGCAAGCACUCCGUGGCCUACGCGGUCCGCGCCCUGAACAAGAGACGGUAUCCAUUUUCGCAGUAAACGGAACGCCCAUACAGCCAGGCGAGAUUGAGUAUACCAUGGACACGACAGAAUCAGGCGAUUACGACUGGACUGAGAAAUGGGGUUGGAAGGUGAAACUCACGGCAUAUACCUAUGCAAAACAUGUGAGAUGCUCCCAAUGGACAAUAAAUUACACCAUGUUCCUUGACGACCUACCAUCCCUGUUGCAAGCGGGCGGCAUCUCGUGGAAGGAUACCAUAACAGACAACGGCGAGGAUCUCUUCGAACCAGACUUCCUCCCAAAGCGCCGGUGGAACUGGGUGCGUUCAUCUUCCUGUUCGCCAGUAUCGGCAUCUGGGCAAAAGUGGAAAGCUUGUGUUGAGGAAAGACAUUGGAAGAAACCAUUUGUUGAACGAGAUUUCCGGGACCGCCUAUCUGCGGAGACAGUCCAAAGGGCCAAGAUAUAUCAGAGGACGGGUCCCGGGAGGUACAAGUUCGCCAUGAUGUAUGAUCUCGAUACGGUCUAUGGGAACGACAUUUCGGGGCAGCGAGUAGACGUCUGGCAUGAUGGUCUUGCCGAAGAGUUUGCCCAUUUUAUACGCCCACUAGUGCCUUAUGAUCCGUAUUCAGCGACUGGGUGUGAUGUGUCGGAUAAAAUGGUCGAGAAGAGGAGAGAGCCGCAAUCCGGUCAUCUGAGAAUCACGUACAGGCAGCAAUAA